AUGACCUGCUACAAAUCACCGCUGGGGGUGAUCAAACACCAUGGGCUUUGGCCUUUCAUCAAAGAUGCUGUCUCGGGCCAAAUUGGUCACAUCGCAAAGACAAUUCUCCCCGAUCGAAAGAAUGAUCGUGCGUCAGGAUCCGUCUUCAGCCUUGGGCUUGGUGUUGCGAAGACUGCCUUCUCUAGAGUGACUAUCGAGAAACUCAUACCGCAACUCACGAGAUGCACCAUCGCAAAAUCGGCUAUGUCACCCCGUGCCCACACAUUCGACGACACUCACAGCGAGAGCUUCAAUGUGACGCUAGCCAAACAUGAGGUUUGCGAGAUCAUCCGAACCGAUCGACAGGGGUACGACGAUGACUAG